AUGAUAGAGAUCAUAUUACAACGUCUCAGCAGCAUCCCAAAUCCAACAAAACCGGUUAAACAGUCCAUAUCUAUUGACGCUGUUGCCGCAAUGAUCACGGAAUUCGUGUACGGCCCGGAUGCAGGAACUGAAUUUGAUUCCUGGUUCAAACGUUGGGAAGAUGUAUUCCGUUUUGAAUUCGCAGAUGUUGAUGGUGGAUGGAUGGUGCGAUUACUGUUCCGAGAGCUGGGAAUCAAAGAACAUGAUCGUUACAGAGACAUGAUCCCGCCCAAAAGUCUACGUGAUUUCACUUUCGAAGAAACGGUCCAGCAACUUUCAGACACGUUUGGUGAAAAAGCGUCUUUGUUCAAUAUCCGGUACCAAUGCCUCAAGUUGGCGAAAAAUGAUACAGAUGACUAUGUGACACUAGCGAGCAUUGUGAACCGGGAGUACGAGAAAUUCAAAUUGUGUUCCAUGACUGAUGAUCAAUUCAAAUUCCUGAUAUUCUUGAGCGCACUUCAGUCUCCCCUCGACGCAGAAAUCCGCACUCGUUUUCUAAAUCGCAUUGAACAAAACCCGAACAUCAAUUUUUGGGCCAGCGGCUUGAGAACCUCAAACAUGACUUAG